AUGGCACAGCCAAAUUGUGCAUUUAAUCACCUCGCGCUGUCGGUACCCAAUCUCGACGAGGCCGUUGAGUGGUACACCAAGCUCUUCGGCUUUCGAGUCAUCGUGCCCACCGUGCUCGCCGAGAGUGGCGGGCCAACAGCGGAAUCUGCCAACAAGAUUUACGGCCCCGAGCUCAGAUCGAUGAAGAUGUGCAUCCUCUCCAUGGGCAACGGAGUCGCCUUUGAGAUCUUUGAGUACAUUGACCCGAAAUACAAUGGGCCCAAAAAGCGCGUCGACUGGAAUCCUGAUACAUACACUAAGGGCGGCAUAUUCCACAUCUGCGUGACCGUCCCCGACGUCGACGCGAAGACGGCCGAGUGCAUCCGAAUGGGGGCGAAGCAAGUGGGAGAAACCGUCACUCUGACAGAGUCGUACCGCGCCUCUUACGUUCAAGACCCCUGGGGAAAUGUGGUAGAGAUGCUGAAUUGUUCGAUGCAGGAACUGUUCUUGGAAUUAAAGGCUGUUGGGUGA